AUGGAUACGGCUUUCUAUCGGUUACAGCAAAUUCUACACCAUCAGCCAAUCUAGUAAAGGUUCAGGAAGUUGCAAGCUGGCUGUUGGAAAUGAACCAGGAAUUGCUGUCUGGGGGCAGCAAGAGGCGUCGAACUGGAGGAUCCCUCAGAGGUAAUGCCUCAUUGAGUCAUGGGGAGGAGGAAAUGAACAGGGUAGUGGAAGAACAAGAGGGUCAUUGUGCACGGUUUGCUGAUGGCGGCGGAGCUGAGGCAAGCAGCAGCAACAGUGAUGAGGUCCAAGUUGCUACUGCAGAGGAAGAAGAAAACAACAACCGAGUCACAGUAGAGGCCGAGGAAGAGAGCAAAGAGGAGGAACAAGAAGAUGGUGAAGAGGAGAUGGACCAAGACAGUGAUGAUUUUGAACAAUCUGAUGAUAGUAGAGAAGAUGAUAGCACAAAUGGAAAUGAUGUAACCGAUCAGAAUGAUAACAUUGACGUUGCCAACCAACAACCACUACCCCUGUUAACUAAGAAUCAGGGGUCACAACCUUCUUAGCUGAAAAGCUUUUUAAAAAGGAAUUACUUCAAGUAAAAGCUCUUCGGAAUAUGAGAUGGAGAAAAUUAAAGGAUAAAGACCUAAAUCUACCUAAAGAAAAAAUGUUGUUUAUUGAAAAAUCUCUAAAAAUGCAAUGCCAUUAUUUUAUACUGUGCAAAGUCACUUGCUUUAACUUCCCCGAAUGCUUAUAAGCGUGACCACAGGUUUGACUGCAUUUCAUGUGACUUCAAUCUUGGAUAUAGGCUGAUAAAAAUAAUUUUGUUUCAUAGUUGAAUUUUGAUGCUGGUCAAAUCUUAAAUGUGCUUUUGGCUUGAUCAGUGUUUUCCUGUGCAAUCUUAAUUCCACAUUAUCUUUCACUUCUUGGUAGAUAUGUUUUAGGCAAAGGCUUCAGGUUUUGCCAACCUAUUGCAGUGUAGUCUGAACAUACUGGAUUUUAAAAUUUUAUAUUCAUUAAGAUACAAUUGCAGUUAAAUUAAUACACUGAUGGCAUGACCUGUCAAAAGUCUUCCUUUCGUAUCUGGGAUAGAUUGAAUUGGACAUGUAGGUAAGAAAACAUGAGUCCUCUAAAACACUGCUCAAUUUUUCUGUUUCAAAACGCAGUUGUAAAACAGCCCAAUUGGAGCAGAAACAUUGAUGACUAAAUGUUCCCACAUCAUUACAAAUUGGUAAUAUGAACACCGUUAAAUGGGAGCUGCUAUUGAGACUCUGGAGUCCCAGGUUGCCGACCCCUGGUUUAGGUGUAAGAGUGUUAAGAUAAGUCUGCAUUUAUCAGGUACUAUUUAAGGUAAUUUCCUAUUGACCUGUUCUUCAUUUUUUGUGUUAUGAUGUAUUUGCUGUGAAAUGAUGAAUUGGUUUUGCACAAUAUUUUGAAUACUUUCAACAUUUUGGUACAAAUAGUUUCCUAUUUUUUCCUUGCUGUCAUUUGCAU